CUGGCCGCAGGUUGCUCACAGUCGAGCGAUCGAGCCGAGCCGUCGGUACGCCAGUUGAGUUAAGGUUGCGAUUCGCUUUGAGUGUGUCAGGCAACGUGCUUUCGGAUCGGCCAGGGCUCGAGCAGCAGCGGCGGCCGAAUCCUCGAGAGGCCGAAGACUAUUCAGGGCCGACGCACGGACCCUCGGACGAUGGAAACCUGAGAAGUGAGACCAAAAUCAGAGAGCAGCAUGUGGUGGAGGACUUGGACGCUGAUGCUCUUGGCCCUCGCGGCCCACACAAGCGGACUGUGCGAGGUCGAAAGUGGCCACACGAGCAUUAUCUUGGACGUUGAAGAAAGCCGAGGAGAUGGAAUCGAUCAAUCUCUAUCGCCCGCUGAACUUCCGGUCGUCGGGGACCUCGGAACUCAAAUUGCGCUUGAUGCCAUUCACCCACCCAACUUGCGAUACUUCGAUCUAGAUGGCAAAAGGGUCAAACUGACGAGACCCAUUGACCGCGAGUCGAUAAACGCCACUCACUUGAUUUUUCAGCUGGUUUGUAUCGAUUUGCAAACCCAAAAGAAGAAAAACAUCCCAAUCAUCAUCCGGGUGUCCGACAUCAACGACAAUGCACCCCAGUUUCUCUACACGCCCUACCAGGUCACAGUCAGUGAGCUGGUGCCUCUUGAAAAGGAGAUUUUCACAGUUAAAGCCACAGACGGCGAUUCCGGGGUGAACGGCAUGAUCGAGUACUCGGUGGUGCCAGGUGGACCAGAGGUGACCACCAUCGCCCGGGAGACCAGCGGCCGGGUCGCCGACGGGUUCGGCUACUUCAAAAUUCCGGUGCCGCGCAUGGGCAACGUCGUGGUCAACCAGAGCCUCAACUACGAACGCACCACGAAAUACUUGGUCACGAUAAAGGCUACUGACCGAGCCCGAAAUGCUUCCGAACGACUUUCUACGACAACGAUAAUGACUGUGCAGAUUCAGGACGAAGAUGACCAAGACCCGAGCUUCGUGUACCGCGGCUGCACCCUGAUGGACGGCGCGUGCGUCCACCCUGAGUACUUCGCCAGCGUGUCAAGCGGCGUGCUGUCGGGCGUGCUAUCCGUUCGCCCUGAGCGAAUCCACGCGGUCGACAUGGAUUCGCUCGGGCGCGCCGUGCAGUAUUCCUUCGUGAAGGGCACGCCGCCCAACUUCCGGCAGUACUUUGACAUCGAUCCACGCACCGGCGCCGUCAAGCAAACUAGACCCGUGGACACGUCGGUGGCUAAGAAGUUCGACCUGAUGAUCAAGGCCGAGGAGGACUCGGAAAUCAAACGCAGCGCCACGGCCAAGCUGAUCAUCACGGUCAACCCCAUCGACAGCAACCCUCCUGUGAUCAAGGCAUCCGCCCUAGAAGGGGUUGUAGCUGAAAACGCACCCGUUGGCACGCCGGUGCUGGACCUCACCAGCAAGAUGAUCGUUCUCACUGUCCACGAUCCUGAUUUGGGACCUGGUGAUCCGAAGCCCUCCUACACCUACGAGCUGACCACAACGUUUUUCAGGGUGGAGCCAGACGGGCGGCUGGUCGUUAACGAAGAGGGCCUCGACAGGGACCCACCUAGUCCAGGGCGUUUCCGUUUCCAGGUUGUCGCGAGGGAAAAAGGCGGAACUGCUGCGUCUGCCCCACUUUCCCUGAUGGUGACCCUGAAGGACGUCAACGACAACUCGCCUCGUCUGCCGAAUCUGCCGCCAGUGACGGUUGAGGCCGGAGACGCGUCGAGGCGUAUCAUCAAAGUCAACGCCACUGACAAGGACGAGGGCGAAAACGCCGAAAUCACUUACUCGAUCUAUCACGUGUCCAACAACGGUGGACGCAAGUUUAGAAUCGACCCUGCCCUUGGAGUCAUCGAGUCCUUUGGCAGACUCACUGCAGGAGAGCAGUACAGCAUCACAGUUCAGGCUACAGACAAGGGCGGUCGCUCGAGCCAGGGCAUAGUCGAAGUGACUGUGAUCCCCGGCCCCAACACACACGCACCCCGUUUCUCUCAAGCCGUGUACAAGGCUGAGGUGAGCGAAGGCGCUGCCCUGAACGCCACCGUCCUCACCGUCACAGCCAACGACCCUGAAGAUGACCCUGUCAGCUAUAGCAUUGUUUCGGGCAACGAGCUGCGUCAGUUCACCAUCAAUUCUCAAACCGGCGUCAUCUCAGUGAUCAGGCGACUGGACAGGGAAGACCUGACCAGGUACCUGCUGACGGUCAAGGCGGAGGACUCAGGAGGGUUGAUGUCCACAGCCAACGUGGACAUCACGGUUUCCGACUUGAACGAUAAAAAUCCAGAGUUUGUGGACUUGCCUUAUGAGUUUAAGGUCAAAGAAGGCGAGGCGGGGAUCACUGUCGGCAAAGUCAAAGCGGUGGAUGCUGACGAAGGUCCAAAUGCUGUCGUUUACUAUUCGGUGCCACCAGACGUAUCCUUCAGCAUUGACGCAAUGAGCGGCGAAAUCCGAACCAAAACCUCUCUGGACUACGAGAAACAACGCACGCACAUUUUUGUAGUCACUGCGACAGAUGGUGGCCAAGAGCCAAGGCUGGCUACAGCAUCUGUAACCGUGCAAGUUGAGGACACGAAUGACGAACUGCCCAUUUUUGAGCAGACCAUGUACGAAGCCAUCGUCCCAGAAAAUAUGCCUGAGUUCAUGGUCAUCCAAGUAAAGGCCGAGGACUUGGAUUCUAAUCAGCAGAUAACUUACACCAUCCGCCAGGGACCAAGCGACCUGUUCAUGAUCGACCCACAGACCGGAGUCAUCAGGACGACGCGAGGCCUCGACUACGAGUCUGCAGCCGAGCACCAGCUCGUGGUCGGCACUUUGGAGAACCCCAACACCGGGCCAGGAGCUGAAACCAGAGUCAACAUCAAAGUGGAAGACCGAAACGACAACGCUCCAGUCUUCACGGUGCUGCCUCCCAGCCCUGUGUCCGUCGAAGCUGAGGUGUCGAUCGGUUAUUCGGUCGCCAAAGUGACGGCCAUCGACAGCGACGGAACAGCGCCCAAUAACGAAGUGCGAUACACCUUGAUCGGACGCGGCAAGGCUACCAAAUACUUCUCCGUGGACGCAACCAGCGGACAGAUUACCGUCAGGGAUGACCUGACAAAAGAGACUGACACAGAAUACGAGCUAGAUUUAGAGGCCAGAGAUGGUGGACAGCCUUCGUUGUCCUCGAGUAUCGCCCUGUUUGUCCGUGUCCAUCACGAAAAAUCAGCCACAGCUGAUGGCAGCCUUGGCUUUCCUGACGACACCUACACGGUGGAGGUUGCGGAAAAUGCUCCGCUGGGAGAUAUGAUCAAGGAGCUAACAAUCAUCAACUCCAUGACGCAUCCUAAUGCACCAUUGCGGUGCCGAGUGGAAACGACACAAUUACCAAAUAUGUUCGUUGCCCAAAUCACGCCUAAUAAAACGUGCUUGGUCACACUGAACUCAAGCCUGGACUACGAGGAGAGUAAAGAGUUAAAGUUCAAAGUUGUCCUGGAGACAGCUAGCGGACUGCUCAAUCCUCAGAAGUCAUCGACCACCAUCAAAGUCAAGGUCCAGGAUGUGAACGACAACGUGCCGACCUUCAUCUACCCAACUCAGCCAGCGCCGCGCUCCCUCUACAUGGGAGCUGUGUCCCGCGAGGCCGAGGUCUUCACGCCGAUCCUGCAGGUGUCGGCCAAAGACAAGGACAGUGGCCCAUUCGGGGAGCUGCGCUACAGCAUCCCUAAAGGUCAGUCAGCCGGCGCCUCGUUCUUCCUCGACCCCAGCUCGGGCCUGUUGCGCACCAACGGUUCCAUGGCCAACCUGCGGGGGCCGCUCAGGUUCGAUGUGGAGGUCCGCGACAACCCUGAGUCCAAGAACGAGUCCAACACGGCCAGGGCCACCGUGGUCGUGGACAUCCUGGAGCCGCCGCACCGCAUGGUGCUGGUGCUGGCCGACGCGCGGCCCGAACGCGUCAAGACGGCCGAGUCGAGCCUCGUGAACGCCAUCGAGACGCACACCGGGCUGGCCGUGGGCGUCGAACGCGUCACGGCACACUCGUACCUGCAGGCCAACGGCAGCCUGAGCGUCGACGACGCGGCUACAGACGUGUGGUUCUACGUGCAGGACCCUGAAACCGGAGCCCUGCUGCCGCGCAACUCGUCGCGCGUGCAGCGCCACGUGCUUGGACGCAACGCCACCGCGUCGCUCAAGCUGGCCGUCUCGUCCGCCUUGCAGGCCACGGCCUCCGAGGUGCGCGAGCCGCUCGAGCAGCCCAGGCCCAAGGUGGUGGCCGCUGUUGCACCGGCCUCCUGGGACAUCUUCCCCUACGCCAUGGUUGCCAUCGCGUGCAUCGUCCUCGUGCUCAGCGUGGUCGGCAUCGCCUACUUGUGCGUCUCCUGGCACAGGUAUAAAACGUACAAAGAAAGGAUGCAGCGUAUGUACGUUGUUCCCAGAUUUGAUCCAGUCUAUGUCGAGCCAAGUCUAAAAGAGUACGAAACUCAGGUUUUACAAAUGAGCGUGCCAAUCGACGACUCUGACAGCUUUAACGACCUGCAGUUGGACUUUGACGCUCAAAAGAACCACGCGUUUUCGCUGGACAACGUGAGCUACAUAACCAAGAGCACGGGACAGCACAGCCCAACCAGCUCGGAGGCGGCAACCACGGCCAGGGCGUCCGAGCUUGGUGCCAAUAUGGUGUACGCAACCAACAACGAUAACGUCACGUUUCGCGACAACAAAAACUACCAGAGUUCGUUCUCGCGCCACCUGGCGGAGACCACCACUGAACUGUGAAAGACUGACGCUCAAUUAUUACGUUUUACCUAACAAGAGUAGAUGUGGACGACUGCUGCAGUUUUAGUUUGAUACCGCAAGCUGAAUGCGUGUGUGACGUUGUUAUCUCAGACGACAGGCACUUGGGGACGUUAGAAAACUGCUUUUAAAAAUAUCCUUAGGGUUUAAACUGAUCAAAAUUGAUUUUGUUCUAUCGCACAACUAAAUUAUUUUGAUCUCUAAAAUGCAACGCAAACUUAUGCUUUCCGAGCACCUUCUUUUUAGAAUUGUUUUAAAAUUGUGAAAAGUGCCUGUUGUUGUCCAUCUGCCAGUGCCAAUCGUGAGCAUCAAAAUGUGUUUAUAUUUUACUUAAGGAACAUUAUCGAGAAAUGAACUGAAUGUAUGCAUUGAAUCGUGAAAUGCAAUUAUGUAACAACUGUGUAAAAAAUGUAUUAAUCAUCGAAUAAAAGGCCAUCGAGUAUUAUUGCUAAAUAAA